AUGUUUGCAGCCUACUUUGAUUGCCCAGGAGGCCCAGAAAAUCUCUAUAUGAAAGAAGUGAUGAAACCAAAUCCAGGAGAAGGAGAAGUUCUUGUGAAGGUCUCUGCCAGUGCUCUGAAUAGGGCUGAUUUACUCCAGAGGAGAGGGAAGUACCCUCCCCCCAAAGGAGCAAGUGACAUUUUGGGCCUGGAAGCAGCUGGGAGCGUGGCUGGGCAGGGUCCCGGCUGCUCGGGCCGCUGGAGGAUCGGCGAUGCAGUGAUGGCUCUGCUCCCCGGGGGCGGCCAGGCACAAUUCGUGACAGUGCCCGAAGGCCUCCUGAUGCCAAUCCCCAAAGACAUGACUUUUAUCCAGGCUGCAGCCAUUCCUGAAGCCUGGCUAACAGCAUUUCAGCUGCUCCGUUUUGUAGGUAAAGUACAGGAGGGUGAGAGAGUGUUGAUCCACGCUGGAGCCAGCGGGGUUGGCAUGGCAGCCAUUCAGCUGGUGAGACUGGCCAAGGCCAUUCCCAUUGUGACAGCAGGAACUCAGGAGAAACUGGAAGCAACAGCAAACGCUGGAGCGGCUGCAGGGUUCAACUACAAGGAUGAAGACUUCAGUGAAAAGGUCUUGGAGUUCACCCAAGGUUCUGGAGUAGAUAUUAUUUUAGAUUGUGUUGGGGCCUCAUACUGGGAGAAGAAUCUCAACUGUCUGAGCACUGAUGGCCGGUGGAUCAUUUAUGGACUGCUGAGUGGAGGUGAAGUCCAUGGGGAUUUGCUGGCAAGGCUGAUUUCCAAAAGAGCCAGCAUCCACACAAGCCUGUUACGGUCCCGAGACAAAGAGUACAAGGAGCGCCUGGUGAAAGCCUUCACAGAGGAGGUGCUGCCCCAUUUUUCCGGAGAGGCUUCCCCGCGACUGCAGCCCCUCGUUGACAGCGUUUACCCCCUGCACGCCAUCGCUGAGGCACACAGGGUUAUGGAGGAGAACAGGAACAUCGGCAAAAUCGUCAUCGAAAUUCCCGUUUGCGGCAAGAAGGGGCCGCCGCAGUAGCUGCUCUGGGACAGUCACUGCGGGGGCCGCACUGCGGCCAUCCCGCCGCGUCUGCUCCAC